UUCGAAACCCUCUUCGACGGCCACCGAGUCACCGACCCUCUUUUCCUUUCGUCAUCUAAAGGGAAAACUCCCACGCUAUAUAAACAUCCAAUUUCGUAAUUUCAUACAAAACCGAGGGCCGCAGAAUAUCAAAAACACCAAAUCACAAAAACCAGGGUCUUUUUUUAGGAAACUAAAAGCGUCGAAACGACACUUCUUGAACCUCCGGAGUUUCUUUCUUUUGAAUCUGUGGUGGUAUUCAUUUCUGGGAUUCUUGGGUUGCUGUGGUUUUUGAGUAAUGAGUUGGAGAAGGAAACAAGGUGACACUCAUCCUCCACACAAUCCAUGGACUAAACUGCAGAACAGAAGGCCACAGCACCACCAAGAUAGUUGGCAAUUAGGUGUGCCUUACUGGGAAAAGCAAUUCUGUUUGAUUGUUGGCUCAGUUCCAUGGCGGAAGGUCGUAGAAACAAACAAGUAUAUGUAUCUCUAUGAAAGCAUCAUUCAAUGGAAUGAUUCUGCUAAUUUGGAGACAUUCAACAAUGAGAAAUACCGCUUUUGGGCAGCAAUUAACGGCGUGCCUUGUAACAUAUCAUUGCCAGAUCCUGACAUUUAUAUUGAUGACAUAGAUUGGAAUUCAAGCAUUGAUCCUGAACUGAUUUUGGACCUGGAAAGGGAACCUGAACCCAACGAUGAUGAGAACCAAGAUAAGGGUGUCACUCUUGUUAAUCCUCUCCUUUUAGAUCAGUCAUUUGCGUGCACCGGAUGGGGCGAUGCUGAAGAGGACUUCAAAACUAAAGAGAAUCUUGCAAACUGGGGCUGUGGAUGGGACAAUGCUGAGGAGGACUUCAAAAAUAAAGAAAAUCCUGCAAACUGGGAUUGUGGAUGGGGUGAUGCCGAGGAAGGCUUCAAAAAGAAAGAAAAUCCUGCAAACUGGGAUUGUGGAUGGAAUGCGGAUAAUAAAGAAAAUCCGUGGGGACCUGAUUCUGCCCAGACUCAGAGCAAAGCAGCUGGAGGAGGAUGGGACGACAGUUGGAACGGAAGAGCUGGUGGAGCUUCAUGGGGAAAUUCAGAUGGAAAUGGCAGGAAGAAAGAUGGUGGUAGUUGGUACAACUCAAAGCAUAACACCUCUGGAUAUCAAGGUGACUACCACCAUAAACGCGGAGGGUGGAGGAACAAAGGGUGGGGCAACGGUGGGAGAAGGAACACCAGAGUUCAUGUUGGUUACGAGAACCUGGCGUGAGGCAGUAAAACUCUGAAGUUUAAACCAAAUCUCGAGACUCGAAUGGGUGGGGAAACCAGUUUUGCGUGUGUCUCGGGUAAGUGAUGUGUAUUGUAGUUUAUGUUUUUCGUCGUCUUUGGCUGUUUAGGGCAGAGUAUAUAACAGUGGGGUAGUAUAAAUGUGAAGUGAAAUCGGCGAGGUCGUACCAAUUUUAUUAAUUCAGUUUGUAUGUGUAGCAUUUGUGCAAUGUAUACAUGGAAUAAAAAGGUCGCCUGAGAUAUUGUGGCAGGCCAGCCCAGCCUCUGAAAACUGGUUGGGAGAGUGCCUGUAUAUCUAAGGCGAUAUAUGUUUGUUGAUUGUCACUGCAAGUGUAAAAUGAAAUCAGAAUAUCAAAGUGCAGAGGCAGUCUGUUUUUGGCUUAUA